UGAUUUUCUGCAACUUUUGCAUAUACAUCCCGGGGACUUCUCAACAAGAAUCUGUUCCAGUGUGGAAAGGGAAAAUGAUAUCAAGCUUUCUUUGGAAAUCCUUUGCAAUUUUUCUCGUCUUUGUAACAAUAUCAGAAAGUGCUUGCACCUUCCCUUCAGAGAUCACAGGCGACUGGUACAGCGCUUAUAAAGGCAAACUCUCAUUCAACUCUACUCAUUUAUUGGGAUAUCCAAUUUAUAUGUCAGCCUCCCAGCAGUCGUUGGACUUUGAAUGUUAUAUAAACAGAGACAAAAAAUAUGUUCUGAGAGCAACUGAAACAGCCCUUGUGUUUGGUCAAUAUAUUCGUGGUUAUUUAUGUAUAGAACUAUUGAGAGUUUCCAGCACAAAGUAUUAUUAUUACCACAGAACAACAAUCGCUCCUAUUAACAACGACCACAUUAUCGGAGCAAUUGAUAUUGUUAAAAAUGGGACGUUAGAUGAGAUUUGUGACUUAGCAGAACCGUACAGAAAGUCAUCGUUUGUGAUGCUAGUUAAAGAAGGUUCCAUUACGACGGGGGAAUCAGCAUCUACCUGUGCAACUGAUCUACUGGCAUCAUAUAGAUCUGUUACAAUAAAUGGCUCUACCGAAAGUACGUCAUGCUCCAGUAAUACAAUGGAUGGCUGCACCCAAAGAACAGAGAUGAGAUUUACGUACGCUUUCGGAUGUGGAAAAACACAAAAGUUUUCGGCUAAUGGUAUUUGGACUUGUGUACAUAGUAUAAGCAGUGGAGGAUACACUUUUCUCUCGCUCUGGAAUAAUGAUAGAUCAGUUGUGGGGACCACGUCCUAUCAAUAUACUCCUGGAGUCAACUUCCAGUUUGCCUGCUUAGUGAUCAGUGCAUCCUCAGCUACCAUGUAUCCAAACUAUUGCUCAGACAGUACACAGACAGCAACAACAGUGGCUCCUCCAGGCCUCACGAUGUCAUUUUCAGGGGCUACUCGUACUUGUUGUAAGUUCUCCCCCCCCCCUCAUAUUGACCAGCGUCAUAUUGACAAGUGUUACUAA